AUGAUGAGGGAAAGAUUUUCAAAGCUUCUAUUGGGGGAAGACAUGUCUGGUGUUGGGAAAGGUGUCUGCACUGCAGUUACAAUAUCAAAUUCAAUUACCAAUCUCUACGCAACUGCUUUUGGACAAAAUUUAAAGUUGGAGCCUCUGAAGCCUGAGAAGAAGGCUAUGUGGAGAAGAGAAAUGAAUUGUCUUCUAUCUGUGUGUGAUUACAUACUAGAAUUUUCCCCAACUGCACAAUAUUUAGAAGAUGGCACAAUUGUGGAGAUGAUGACAAGUAAGCCAAGAUCAGAUAUUUACAUCAACCUCCCAGCUUUGCAGAAGCUUGACACAAUGCUCAUAGAAAUAUUGGAUAGUUUCCAGGAUACUAAAUUUUGGUACGCGGAGCAAGGGACCAUAUCAAGGAAUUCAACUCGAUCACGAGGAGGCUCAUUUCGAAGGAUUGUUCAGAGGAAAGAUGAGAAGUGGUGGCUGCCGGUUCCUUGUGUUCACCUUGGGGGCCUUAUUGAUAAGUCAAGGAAGCACUUGAAUGAGAAAAGAGAUUGUGCUAAUCAAAUUCAUAAAGCUGCAAUGGCUAUAAAUAGCAGUGCUCUUGCAGAGAUGGAUAUCCCAGAAACAUAUAUGUCUAAUCUUCCCAAGAGUGGAAGAACAAGUCUAGGGGACACAAUUUACCGCUAUAUGUAUUUUGCAGACAAGUUCUCACCUGAUCACCUUCUUGACUGUCUCAAAAUAAGUUCUGAACAUGAAGCACUUGAGCUGGCAGAUAAGGUUGAAUCUUCAAUGUUCACUUGGAGGCGAAAAGCUUGUCUGAGCCAUUCAAAAACAUCAUGGAACAAAGUUAAGGAUCUCAUGGCUGACACUGACCAAAGUGAAAAAAUCUGCAUCUCAUGUUUUCUGUUUUCUAGUAUUACUUGUUUCUUCUUGAUCUUUCUUAAUAAAUGGAUACGGUUUAUGGUUGGUUAG